CUCUCAAAUAAUUCAGGAAUGGCCUAAAAGUAUUAACAUUCGAAGGAUUAGUAUUCAAAAAACAUUAAAUAAUAAACCUCCAUUAUCAAUUAUUUUACUCGAAAAAGAAAAUAAAUUAAUUGGACAUGCCCGUUUAUGUCCUUUACCUCAAAAUGAAAACGGGUGUUGGAUUGAAUCUGUGGUUAUUUGGAAGAAUUUAAGAGGAAAAGGAUUUGGAAGAAUUUUGAUGGAAGGGAUAGAGAUGUGUGCAAAAGAAUUUGGAUUUAAAGAGAUUUUUCUUUCUACAACAGACAAAGCUAAUUUCUACAUUAAAUGUGGAUAUUCCAAAUCCCCUCCAAUUCUAAAUUUUGGUUCAAAUUUUAAACUUUUUGAAAGAAAUGGAUUGUUAAAAAAUUGUUUAUUAAUUAAUAAAGAAGAAAAUAAUUUAAAUAAAAAUAUUAUUUUAACACAAAACCCUUUAUUUAAUUCAAUCCCUUCUCCACCCCCUCCUCCCCCACCUUUACCUAAUUACAAAAAUGAUCAAAAAAUUUAUUUUACCAAAAUUAUUUAA